AUGAACAAUAAUGACAGUUCAAGGAUAACUCCCGAAAGAUAUGCUCCACAUCUAUCUGAGUUCUACCCUAUCAUGAAUAACAAUAAUAGUGCGACGCAGGCAGACGACGCAAGACAACAACAAGAAGGACUUCUACCUAACCAAAUAAUUACGUCUCCACAACGGUCAGACCACACUACACCAAACUCUCGGUUUCAAUCGUUGUCGUCUCGCAACUCUAUGAGAAGACCUUCAAGUGUAGCAUCCAAUAGUCAAAGUAUAAUGAGUGACCUACAGACCCUUAUUACUCGGCAUGAUGUGAAACAGACAAAAGAUGCGAUGAAAUCACUGAAUGGCACGUCUAGAGAGCUUAGUGAUGCGCUAGCUACAGUGGCACGAUGUUCGAGUAAAAUGGCUGGUGAAUUUGAGAAUUUUGCACAUUUGAAAGGUUGUAAUGAUGAUACUGCUGAGAAAUUUAUGAAUGCUAGUGGAUUAUUCCAUUUAGUUGGGAAUCAUGAUUUGAUAAUGAGUGAAUUUAUUAAUGAUUUAUUAAUUGAUUCAGUGACUGAUAUGAUGGAUGAAUUUCAAUUUAAAUCUAAAUCUUUAGAGAAUCAAUUCAAUCGUAAAAGGAAAGAAGAGUCUUUAAAAUUAAAAAUUCAGGAGAAAUUUAAUAACGAUUUUUCAAGGAGGAAUGUUAGGAAUUUAAUAUCAUAUCGAGAGAGUUUAAACAAUUUACAAAACCAAUUGGAUCAAUUAGAAUUGUUAAAAUAUGAUUAUUAUAAUGAUUCGUAUCAACUAGUUGAAUCUACUUGUAAUAAUGUAUUGAAACAAGUUGCAAGUAUAACACGAGCACAAGUGGAAAUAUCUGAAAAUAUUGCUAGAAAAGGUUGGUCCGGGGGUGGUUUGGAUGACUUGUUAAUAGAUGCUGAAGAUCCAUUUACAAAGAAUGAAGAAGAGGAAGAAGAAGAAGAAGAAGGUGAGGGGGAUGAAGAGGAGGAAGACCAGACUGAUCAUAUUAUGAAUAGUAUACCGGAGGAAGGAACUGAAACGGACAAUAACAAUAGUAAUACUAGUAGUAAUAAAAAAAUAGGGAUUGAAGUAUCCAAUGAUGAUAAUUUAUCCAAUUCUAUGGAACAAUUAGGAAUUCAAAGUACACCUCAAUCAAUGGACAAUAAUAAUUCAAGGAGUAUAAUAGGCGUAGGGAACAGUAGUAAUAUUACGAUUGGAAACAAUAAUAAUAAUAGUAGUGAAGAAAAUAUAGACAAUGAAGAAUUAUCAGCAUCAUCAGACAAUGAAAAUGAUAAUUCUUUUGCAUUACCAUUAUCUAAUAGUGUUGGAGUACGAACGAGUUCUAUACUGGAAGAAGAAGAAGAAGAAGAAGAAGAAGAAGAUAAUGAAAAUUCAUGA